ACCUGAACGUCGAGCGGCUCAUUCCAGCACGGUCAACCCCGCCGGUAGCAGCACCAGCGGCCGCUUCUUUUCGAAACUUAAGUUUAGAUUUAAACAUAAGUGUCGGCGUUUUAUUUAUUUUUAAGUGAACAUUUUUUGUCUCGUCAUCCCUUUAAACCAACUCUACUCUAAUUUUGUUGAGACAAACGAGGAAACAAAGUUGCUUGCUCUAUAGCCCGGUCGCGCUAACAAAGAAAAAAAAUCCUUUCUCCUCAAAAAAAGAAUCCCCCACUACUCUCUAGUUAUGAGUCAUGUGGUCGUUGACAAUCCACACGGUCUAGAUCAGCAGCUUGCUGCCCUAGACUUGAACUCUGUUGAGGGACAAGGCGGAGGAACUGGCAGACGUUACAUUCCACCUCACUUGAGGAACAAAGAUGGUCCCAAAAAUGCAGGAAAUGCUUAUUCCGCUGCUAGACAGUGCGGUUAUUCAGUGGCACCAGUAAAUCUCUAUUCCUCUGGAUGGGAUGGUGGCCGCAGCAAUGGAUUUGUGAAUGGUUACCACGACAACCGCACAAAUGGGGGAUUUGGAGGGCGUGGACCUCCUCGCCAUGAUAGAGGAUUUGGUGGUUACGAGAGCAAGGAUGGCAAUUGGGGUGGACAGGCAAGAGACAAUGCCUUCAACAGCUUUGGAGGACGUAACGACAGGUCAAAGUCUGCCUUCUUUAAUGACCGCGGAGCAGGCUCAAGGGGAAGGUACGAACGUGGCGGCUUUUCUGGAGGCGGAAACAGUCGUUGGGCCGAAGAAUCCAGAGACGAGGAUUGGUCCAAGCCUACUGCCCCAAAUGAGCGUCUGGAACAUGAGCUCUUCUCAGGCAGCAAUACGGGGAUUAACUUUGAGAAGUAUGAUGAUAUCCCCGUAGAGGCCACGGGAAGCAACUGCCCACCUCAUAUUGAAAGUUUCCAUGACGUGGACAUGGGGGAGAUUAUCAUGGGCAACAUCACCCUGAGUCGCUACACACGUCCCACUCCAGUCCAGAAGCAUGCCAUUCCUAUUAUCAAGUCCAAGAGAGACCUCAUGGCCUGUGCCCAGACUGGAUCCGGAAAGACUGCGGCUUUCCUGCUUCCUGUGCUGAGCCAGAUCUACACAGAUGGGCCAGGAGACGCUCUGCAGGCAGCCAAGAAUAGUGGACAGGAGAAUGGAAGAUACGGGCGUCGUAAGCAGUACCCAAUCUCCCUCGUCCUUGCUCCUACCAGAGAGCUGGCACUUCAGAUCUAUGAUGAGGCCAGAAAGUUUGCCUAUCGCUCACGUGUGCGCCCGUGUGUGGUGUACGGUGGCGCUGACAUUGGCCAGCAAAUCAGGGACUUGGAGAGAGGCUGUCACUUGCUGGUUGCCACUCCGGGUCGCCUGGUCGACAUGAUGGAGAGGGGCAAGAUUGGUCUUGAUUACUGCAACUACUUGGUGCUGGAUGAAGCUGACCGCAUGUUAGACAUGGGCUUUGAGCCACAGAUAAGACGUAUUGUGGAGCAAGACACCAUGCCGCCAAAAGGCAUCCGUCAGACCAUGAUGUUUAGCGCCACCUUCCCCAAGGAGAUCCAGAUCCUGGCGCGCGAUUUCCUUGAGGACUAUAUUUUCCUGGCAGUCGGCCGCGUUGGUUCCACCUCAGAAAACAUCACCCAGAAGGUGGUCUGGGUCGAGGAGACCGACAAGAGGUCCUUCCUCUUAGACCUUCUUAAUGCCACAGUUAUUCCAAAUGAGAUUCAGGAAAGUGGGACAGAUGCCCCAGAAAAGCCAGGCAAAGACUCGCUGACUCUUGUCUUUGUGGAGACCAAGAAAGGUGCAGAUGCUUUGGAGGACUUUCUGUAUCAUGAGGGCUACGCCUGCACCAGCAUCCACGGUGAUCGGUCUCAGAGAGACCGCGAGGAAGCUCUCCACCAAUUCCGCUCAGGGCGCUGCCCAAUCUUGGUGGCCACAGCUGUGGCUGCAAGAGGUCUGGACAUCUCCAAUGUGAAGCAUGUCAUUAACUUCGACCUGCCCAGUGACAUUGAAGAAUACGUUCACCGUAUCGGCCGUACGGGACGUGUGGGCAACCUUGGUCUGGCCACGUCGUUCUUUAACGACAAAAACAGCAACAUAACCAAAGACUUACUGGACAUUUUGGUGGAGGCGAAGCAGGAGGUCCCGUCCUGGCUGGAGAGCCUGGCCUACGAGCACCAGCACAAGAGCAGCAGUCGCGGUCGCUCCAAGAGGUUUUCUGGUGGUUUUGGCGCUCGGGACUACCGACAGACACCAGGAGGAUCUGGAGGCUUCGGUGGCAACCGCACAGGCCGAACUUCUGGUGGACAUGGAGGGAACCGUGGCUUCGGUGGAGGUGGCUUUGGAGGCAACUUUUACGGCAACGACGGCUACGGAGGAAACUACAGCCACUCGGGAAGUGUGGACUGGUGGGGCAACUAGUCGCUAGAGGAGUAGGUUGCCAUGCCACCCUGAUGGGAAACCACAUGUUUCAAAAGAAAAAAAACGCCAGACCGUAACAACCCUCCCUGUGUAGCUUCACGGACAUACAGUACAUUAGCCAGCCUGGUUCUCGGCCGGGCGCUCGUCUCAAAACAAUCACACGAGCGCAGCGUGACGCUAAGGAAAGUCGGCAGCAGCACGUGCACACACAUGUGCACUGCAGCGACGAGCGCACCUCUGAGUGUGAGCAUGGACGCUGACAUAUGCACAGUUAUUAGAAGAAGCAUUUUGGGGGAGAAACCCCUGACCCCCCUUGAAAUAGCCAAACCAACAACCGGAGGAGCACUUGUGUAUUCAUCUUCUCUGCUUUUUGGAAUUGAAACAGGUUAAAUCUGUGUUCUUAUUUCUCCUGACAAAUGGCCAAGAGCUCACAUUUUAGUUUUGAUUGUUAAGUUUGGUGGCUAAUAUCAGAAAUGUAAAAAAAAAAAAAAAAAGAGAGAAAAGCUCAUAUGUAAUCAAACCUUGGCAAAAACUGGAGUGUUGUGGCUCCUUGAGUCACGAUUCCAUUUGAACCUCAAAUUCUCUACCAAACAGCUGACGGGCCCACUGUGCCGCUCUGAAUUAUCCGCAUUUGAAUUUUUUUUUUAUUUUUUGCUCACUCUAUCCUGAACUGGCUCCUUUUGAUUUUACCGCGAAGGCAGUGGUUGUUCUCUGAAUUAACCACGCCCGUUAAAUGCACGUCAUCCAGUUCAGUGCCAACAAUGGCUAAUGUUUCAACGAACUUGUUACUCCACCAUUUUGUUUUCCUUCUUAUUUCAAUUGACUUGACAGUGUUACGGCAGCUACCACGUUACCGAGCGCUAGCGACACAAAGUGGACCGUGUGUUUGUGGUUCACUUUUUUUUUCGAUGUACAAAUUGUAGAAGAAAAAAAAACUGAGUCCGAUUUUUUGUUUGCGUUCGCAUCUAAACAAAAAAACACCUGCGUAAAUCGUGAAAGUAGGCUGCAUUAAAAGGACCACCGCAUCGGGAGGGCGUAUUGCAGCGUCGACCCCAUCUCGCACUGCGACGGUCCACAUGUGCAAGUGUUAUGUUUUUUGGUCAAGGUGAAAGGUCACGUGAGUCGCAGGCUUCAACAUUUUCUCUUUUUCAAGCUGCGUUUUGGGGGUUGGGGGCCACCUUUCAUCGCUUUAAAGCAGGGGUUGGCCAACAGUCAACACUUAAGAAGCAAACAAAUUGUUCAAUCGUUACCUCACGUGUGCUCGCUGAGGAUUAGAAAAAGGUUCCCCACCCCUGCUUUAAAAGAUGACGGGGUUAUCAAUUUAACCAGGAAGUGAGGAGGCGGGGCUAAGUGAAAUGGGGCGCAGUUGUCAUUGGUGUAACCACUGGAUGGGGGAGGGUUUCGUGUCGUCCCCUGUGGAGGGGGUCAUUUAAAGUACUGUCUGCAUGGCCACACGUGUGGCCAUGCUCGGAUGCUCUCAUCAGGUGUGUUGUGCCUUGAAAACGUUUUUUAAUAAAACUACUUCUGCGAAUUAAAGCAGAUGCACUGAUCGCGUUGAGAAGCCGAGGUCGAAUGGUGCUACUUGAUUUCGCCGCGUCGAGACCCUCGUGUGUGUGCGUGCGCGCGCGCUUGCAUGUUUGUGCCCAUCAAGUUUUACUAACAUUCUUUUUAUUGCACAUCCAGAGUUUUAUAUAGAUGUCUGGCUUAUGUGUCCUUAGGCUUCCAAAUACAGUGUGUGAGGAGAUCGGUGGCGGUUGGAGAGUAAAACAAACACAAAAAAAACGCAGCUUGUUUACAAAGGGGUGUGGGUUCUCAAUGUUAAAAACCAGGAUUUAUUUGGGACCAGGGGGGGGGGGUUUAGCAGUCGGCGGGUGGGAAAUUUAGCCAUUUGCACAGAUUUCUAGAUUCUACUUUUGCUGCUAGUUUUUGUGUAAUUUAUUAAGCAUUUUUGACAAAUAUUUAUUUUUGUAAGCCUCAAAAGUGAUUCUUUGAAAGUUUCAGAAAACUUGACCAAAAGACAGUACAAAAAAAAAAACACUGGCACUUGAAUGUUGAAUGUCACCUGUAUGCGUGAAAUUUCUAUAUUCCGGGUAGUGUGAGCUUUUUAAUGUUCGAUACAUCUGACUCAGUACCUACUUGAUAACAAAAUCCACAGCUGUGUUCAGGGCCUCUGCGGGGCCGGUCAUCUGAUUUAUUAAAAUUCUCCCUAUUGGUCUGCAAAAGAAAAAAAAAAUACAAAUUGCAAAUGUAAUUGAAGAAAAAAAAACAUGCCAAGGUUUGGAAUUAAGCUGUCAAAGAGCAAAUCUAUUUCCUAAGCGUAGCGUUGAAGUGUUCUGAUUCUCCUACUGUGUGCAUAACUCUUGAUUUGGUCCGAUUCUUUUUCUCCAGUGAAUGUCUGGCACAUGGCAAUCCUUAAAGAAACGAACAUGUGGUUUAUUGUCAUUGUUGUAUUUGCAUUAUAUAUUACUGCUCUCUAGUUCUUAUGGAAGUGGAAAACGUCAUGCACCGGAAGCUUCCGGUUGUGUUUCUACCUUCCAACUGUCGAACCGCAGAGCUCUUUAGAUGUAGACUUUGCUUUCUGUAUUAGCUUCCAGGCUAAUGCGCAGCUUGGGAAAUAACUGCUGCACAUUUGUAUGAUUUUAUCAGAAUAAAUAUGUUUGAAUGCAAAAGUUUCUGGAAAGCAAAUUUCCAGCAUGUUUACUGUAGUAGUAAGAGGGUGCGAGAGUUGCCUGUAGCAAUGCUGCCCCUUGCCAAUGGGGGCAAGCCAACUUUCUAAUUGGUAUUGAUUGGAUGGGCUUCAUUUCUUUUGAGGAAAUUCUAUAAAGAUUUCAUUUGUAA